AGAUAGGAGGGGACGUGGCUAUGACUAUCAUGAAAUGACCCUGCACUUCUGAAUUUGCAAAUGCACUGCUGGGCACGACCCUGAAGUUAGCAGGACCCUCCACGAGGUCAGUGUGACAUAGAUAAGUAGCGUGGCACCGAGAGGGGACGAAAAAGAGGACUUACAUCAGUGAUCUUAUAGGAGACACGCAGUUUCCUCUGGGCUUCUGAGAACUCGGGAGAAUGUGCACAAGUUGGAGGGGGAAGGCAACGGACGAAGAGUGUUACGUGUGGUAAUGCGGAAGGAGUCCACACAACAUCCCCUCCUCGCCGGCUAGUUUGUGCAGCUGGAGGUGUGAGCCAGGAGCUGCAGACUUGCACAGGAAAGAGAGCGAGAGCCAGAUCCUUGUAUCAAGCAGCAGGAGGUGGACGACUUCCUUUAUUUUCCCCUUCAAAGCAAGCAGCCGCUGCUGCUGAAUGAGCGAAGGCGAAGCCUUUUUCCCAUCCUUCGCACGGCCACGGAGAAGGCGACAAUGGGGAAGGAGGCGCGGAUGCCACUGAACCCUUCGCAGCAAGUCUGAAGAACAAAGAAACUCCUGCUGAAGGGGACGUAGAGGGAGCUCUAGGCGCGUUGUUCCUUCACUACAGACCCCCUUCACGAGACAGGGAAGCACAUUCUUGAAGCUGAAAGCCUGGAUCAAGUGAGGGUUUCGCCACAGUGCCCGCUCCCUUUCUACCCAGAUUCUUUAUUUUAUGGGCGCCGUGAAAUCCUUUUCGAUGGCACUUUCCCGUGUGCGGGAACUUGGGUUUGGGGUCCCUGGUAUGCCCUGAAUCUCCUUUUCUGACGUCUUUUAUUCAUCUCGGAUGACUGCCGCUUUCAGCCCACUUUGACCCAAGUUUGUUUUUGACUUUUGGCGAGACGCUCGCGCUCCUCGCCUUCCCGGGAGAGCGCGCGGAUGGCCUUCCCGAGGGGUUUCAACAGCUGUACUCUUCUUGUGGACCUGAGGGGGUGCUUCCCGAAGCGAGUUUGUGCGGUUCUCUCUUUCACUGGAGAGAAACCUCUUAGCGCUUGGAGUCCCUGAGGAGGUGCCUGCCUUCCCAAGCUGAGUGCGUGCGCGCCAGUUCCUUCUCCCGCCAUGGCCUUCACGUUUGCUGCCUUCUGCUACAUGCUCUCCUUGGUACUAUGCGCCGCCCUCAUCUUCUUCGCCAUCUGGCAUAUAAUUGCAUUUGAUGAGUUAAAGACAGACUUCAAGAGCCCCAUAGAUCAGUGUAACCCAGCACAUGCGGUUCCCCUCCAACCCUCUGGAGUAGAUUUGUGGGGAAACACAUGUGCAAAUGGAACCUCUUGCGUGAACGGGAUGUCUUCGUUGGAUGCAACCCUACAUCUUGAACUAAGAGAGCGGUUGAGAAAUAUUGAACGAAUCUGCUUUCUUCUGAGAAAGCUAGUAUUGCCAGAAUAUUCGAUCCAUAGCCUCUUCUGUAUAAUGUUUCUGUGUGCUCAAGAAUGGCUGACUCUUGGCUUGAAUAUUCCUCUGCUCUUCUAUCACUUCUGGAGGUACUUCCAUUGUCCAGCAGACAGUACAGAGCUAGCAUAUGACCCUCCUGCAGUAAUGAAUGCAGAUACCUUGAGUUACUGUCAAAGAGAGGCCUGGUGUAAACUAGCUUUCUAUCUCCUCUCAUUCUUCUACUAUCUUUACUGCAUGAUCUACGGUUUAGUGACUUCCUAAUUCAAAGACACCAUUAAAGCCUGGAAAUGACACAGUGUGGAAAAUAAAGACAAGCCGGCCUACAGUGAUGCUUGAGAUAUAAAACACAGCAAAGAGAUGGAAUUUUUGAACCCAACCGCCAUUCUGGAUGUAAAAGGGGAAAAAAAACUCAUUCGGAGUUAACAGUUGACUGCAGAAGUGGAGAAACUUGAGUGUGAUAGACGGCUGGACAAAGUGCUUCUCCCUCUUACUUUCUGUGUUUUACAGCCUUUGGAUUUCUGAUUCCCCGGCAUAAACAAAACAAAUAUGACUAUUGAAGAAGGUUUCAUCUGCAUAUGAUGGGAGCAAACAUUUGUCAUAUUAAUUUAUUAUAGGACUGCAAAUCCCAAAAGGAAGACAAUUUGUUUGUUUGUUUGUUUUUACCCUUUCUUCAUAGAGGGGUUGUAAAGCAAGAUGACUCCCUAGAAAAACUGGCCAAGAGGAUUGCUGUUAAACAUAGAUGUGUAAUUCUCCGUUACCAGAGUAUAUUCACUUUCUGGACAUGCUGGGAAAUACCUGUUUAAAUUGCUAUUGUGAUUCACAUGACUGGGGAAGAAGAGAUGCAUCUUCUCAAUUCAAAGACAUUGGCAGGAACAAAUUCAAAAUAUGCGCUCAGCCAUUUUCAGGCCAAGGCUUUUCUUGUGGUUGGCCCGCCAGUGGUUUAUGCUAGCAUGUUCCAGCAAUGCUGAAUCAAUCAGACAUGGUGCACUAAAUAGUAUUAACACAUUUUAUAAGACGGCAUCAUUAUGUCAAGCAUCCUAUAGUACAAUAUUCCUUCUACUGGAAGAAAAAACUCCACUAAUAACACAUAUGAAGGAAUGGUGUGACAGAAUAUUUUGCAGUAUAGACUGUAAAGGACCACAUUACUUUUGUUGGCAGUCUUGUCAUGUGGCUUUAGUUGUAGGGUCCAACUGAGGCUAUAUGUUAAUGGGGCUGUUCCUUCCUCAACCGCUGCAUAUUGAAUGGAUGUUGUAGAACAUAGUAAUAAAUUGUGAUUAUUAUUAAUUUUCUGUAUACAAGAUUUCUAAUUUUACCUGAGAUAUCAUGCUAAACAGGUUGGCAAAAAUGGGCUGCAUAAGCCUGCUGUGUAUACACAGAUUUCCUCUCCUAACAGGUUUAUAUACCACUUUGUUGUAAUAACCUUUAUGCACAUACAUUUUGUAUGUGUAUCAGACAGUACAGAUUUUGUUAAUGUCUUUAAGAUUGCACUCCUAAGCACAUUUACAAUGUAGUAA